CUGUCACUCUCAAUGCGUGACACUUGACAGCCCUGUGUUGACAUCAAACAUUACAAUGGGGAUAAAAUCUCAGUGACUGAGAUCUUUUUUUUCGUGGCUUGGUUGUUGAUUCAUAAGAGGAAAAACCUCUUAUGGUUUAAUUUAAAUUCACAAAACAACUUAUUCUUAUUGUUCUAUCAGCUACUGUAUAAAGUCAUUUCCUGUAUCACGCGCUUCAUUUCCAACAACACUUAAUACUAAUCGGUAGCUACAAGCUAAGCUAACUUUUAGCUACAUUAGCUAGCUAGGUUACCCAUGUAGCCCGAAGCACACGUCAAGACACCGAUGAACAUGCCUAAUGAACUUAUUAGGAACAUUUUUGCACUUCAUUUUUGGCACCUGCUUUUUGUCUGAGAUGGAAAAUGAACCAAUUACGGUCGAGUAUAUUCCAUCGAAACAAUCUAUGUGGUGGGGAACUCUUGGGACCGUCCGGCCGUUUACGCCUUUCGAUCCGAAUCUGGACGCACGUCAGAUUUACACGGCGCUGGAUAAGAAAAAUGCUGACGUGAUGACGGUGAUAAAGAUCCUUACUUACAGGACCAACGCUCAGAGACAGAGCAUUGCUUCAGCCUUCCAGAAACACACACAGAAGGAUCUGAGCGCAGUUCUGAAGAAAGGUCUGUCAGGUGCUGUUCAGGAGCUGCUGUUAGCACUCAUUAUGACUCCGGCUCACUUUGACGCUCAUCGCCUUCGCCAGUCCAUGGAGGGUCUUGGGACAGACGAGGAAGCUCUUCUGGAGGUCUUGUGCACCAGAUCACCGGACCAACUCCGAGAUAUCACUGUAGCGUACCACGAAGCGUACGGCCGUUAUCUGGAAAACGACUUGAUCAGUGAGACGAGUAAAGAUUUUACCAAGCUGGUGCUGGCCAUAUUGAAGAAGGAGGAUAUUAGCAAGUCCAGCAAGAUUAAUUAUGAGCUCAUUGAGCAGGACGCCAAGCAACUACGAGACGCUGUCAUCGGUAAGAAAUCGAACUCUGAGCCAUGGAUUCAGGUGCUCACCUCACGGAAUUCAGACCAUCUCGACAGAGUGCUUUCUAGGCUUGAGGAUCAGAAAGGCGAAGCAGUGGAUAAAAUCAUCCAGAAGAGCUUCUCAGGAGACCUGCGACUAGGGCUGAGGAUUUUGGUUCAAACUAUCCAAAACACACCACUAUUCUUGGCCCAGCGCUUACACACCUGCAUGAAGAAAAGUGCUGUGGUUCAUGGCAUCAUGGUGGCUCGGAGUGAAGAGGACCUCCUGCGUGUGAGAGUCGAGUUCGUCAAACUGACCAAUCUUUCCCUCUACUCCACCAUACAGAAAGAAUUCAAAGGGGAGAUGCAGCAAGCUCUUCUGGCUCUAUGCCGAUCUGAGGAUGGGUAGAAGUACAUACACGGAAGCGAGGCUAACGUUGCUGAUGUUCUAUAACAUUAAAUGUCACUUUAAAUGUAUAAUAAAAAAUAUCAAAUAAAUUGAUUCAACAUU